AUGUCGAGUGAAAUACCGGACCAGAAAGAUUUAAUGAAACGGGUUCCAAAACCUCUAAUGGAGAAGCGGAGGAGAGACCGAAUUAACCACAGUUUGGAAACCUUGAGGCUUCUGUUAGUGGAGAACACAUGUAAUGAGAAACUAAAGAAUCCCAAAGUGGAAAAAGCUGAGAUCUUGGAGAGCGUUGUUAAUUUCCUGAAGGCCGAGCAGCGAUCCAGACCGUCCUCAAAUUCCAUUAAAAAUGGAAAAAGAAAAUAUGAGGAAGAAGAUGAGUUGGGAUCUCCUAGUAAACUUCAGCUAAACUAUCAAGAUGGUAUGAGAACAUGUCUGCUCAGGGUCAGCAAUUUUAUUGCCAGCAAGAGUCAGGAGCUAGAUGGGAAGAUGCAGGUGAACAUGCAACAGGAACUUAAAGAACAUUCCAUUCAAGGUCAUCUUGCACCUGCUCUGCACCUCAGAAAUGAUGGUGGGUCUAUACCAGGGCAGCAGGCACUUACUUAUGUGGAGUCGACCAGCUCCUGCUCUGCACUGCGUCAGUCCAUCAUUUCCCAAAGAACUGCCAUAUACGAGCCUACGAAGAAGAUAGCUUGCAGCUCUAAGCAACCUUUGAUAUCAAGUGAUUCUGUUUGGAGGCCUUGGCCACAGUAG